AUGAGCAACGCGUAUAGAUGUAUAGCCAAAGAAGAGGUUUAUGCCAUGAACCCGGAGCUGACGAUGGACAGCAUCGGGAAUUUGCACGGUGGUAUCAGCCAUGAGCAAUCGGCGGGCGAGCUGAUGAGCAGUCAGCAGCGGCAGGCGGUUUCAGCAGCGGCGGCGGCUCACCGGGAGCUCGCCACCAGGUCGGCGAUGGCGUCUAUCCUGGACGGAGCCGGCGAGUACCGCCCGGAGCUCUCGGUGCCCCUACACCCGGCCAUCAGCAUGGCCUGCGAUUCCCCGCCUGGCAUGGGCAUGAGCAGCACCUACACCACGCUGACCCCGCUGCAGCCGCUGCCACCCAUCUCCACGGUGUCCGACAAGUUCCCCCACCCGAGUCACCCUCACCCUCACACCCACCCACACCAUCCCCACCACCAGCGGCUGGGCGCCGGUAAUGUGAGCGGCAGCUUCACCCUGAUGCGGGACGAGAGGGGCUUGCCCUCGGCCAUGAACAAUCUGUACAGCCCGUACCACAAGGACGUGCCGGGGAUAACCCAGAACCUGUCGCCGCUGGCCAGCAACCCGCUGGGUAACGGCCUGGCCACCCUUCAUAACCCCCACCAGGGCAUCCAGGGCUACGGCUCCAACGGCCACGACAAGAUGCUGAGCUCUAACUUUGAAGCUCACACGGCCAUGCUGGCCCGGAGCGAGCAGCACCUGUCCCGGGCACUGGGAGCACCUUCGGCCGGUAUGAUGUCCCACCUGAACGGCUUACAUCACCACCACCAUCACCAUCACCACCAUCACCACGGCCACUCAAGCCACCAUCCAUCCCACGGGCCCGUGUUGGCUUCGAGUCGGGACCGGCCUCCCUCCUCCUCGGGCUCGCAGGCGAACAGCUCGGCUCAACUGGAAGAAAUCAACACCAAGGAAGUAGCACAAAGGAUCACGGCGGAACUCAAGCGCUACAGCAUCCCGCAGGCCAUCUUCGCCCAGAGGGUGCUGUGCCGGUCGCAGGGGACUCUCUCGGACCUGUUAAGAAACCCCAAACCUUGGAGUAAACUUAAAUCGGGACGGGAGACCUUCAGGCGGAUGUGGAAAUGGCUGCAAGAACCUGAGUUCCAGAGAAUGUCAGCCUUAAGGCUUGCAGGUAAGUCCCGGGAUAAAGCACCAACGGAAAAGAAGGGAAGCAGUUGUAUUUAUUUUUAUCACUGUAUUUCAAUAAUGUGGUUAUGUCAAUAUAUUAAAAAAUCUGUGUCUAUGACCGUGGAUCGAUGA